GAACAUCGAUGUUGCCUUAAGCUUAACAUUUUAGUAUGAAUAACGAGUGAAGACAAAAAACAUGUGGUUGAAGGCGCUUAUUCUAAUUCCAAUGAUCCUGGCCCAACACGCGGCGGCCACUUGCGGUGUGUGUCAGCCAGUCAGCCGAACGGUAUGCCUCAGUGAAAACACUUUUUCCGCAUGCGUGAAAGGAGUACCACUGAAUGAUAUAAUUAAGUGCCCAACCAAUUUCUUUUGCACCGAUGGUGACUACACUUGCUAUGAAAAUGCUGACCCGGUCUGCAAAGCGGAUAGUGCACCGGAAACAACCACUGUGAAGCCGUGGACUGCCGAGGAAGCCUGCCAGCAAACCACAAAAUCGGGCUUUCUGGAAAACGAAAAUGAUCCCACAUGCACUUCCUACUUGUAUUGUAAAUUCGCAACGGAUGGGAGUUUAGAAAUUCUCAAUCUCAAUUGCCCGACUAACAAAUACUUUGAUGCGUCCAUAAAAGGAUGUACGGACACAAAACCCGCUGAAUGUACUGAAGUGUCAACCACACUACCGACAGAUGAGAUACCAGCAACGAUAGCAACAACUACAACAACCACUGAAAAGCCUUGGAGCGCAGAGGAAACCUGUCUGAAUGUGACAAAAUCGACAUCUUUUACGAACGAAGAUGAUCCCACAUGCGCCACCUACCUCUUUUGCUAUGUUGCAAAUGGAGCAGUUAAGGCGCUGAUCAAAUCCUGUCCAUCCACAACCCCAUACUUUGAUUCUACUAUAAGUGGCUGCAGCGCCACGAAACCAAACAAUUGUACAUAAUAAUUCCUAAGUAUGUAAUUCUUGAUGUAUGUAAU